GACUGAAGCAACUGACAUUAUAAAAAAUCAAGAAAUCAAGCAAGAUGGCCAAAUACGAAUGCUCUGAACAUAUGCAUAACUUCUUAAAGGAGUUACCAAAAUGUGAACAUCAUGUUCAUUUAGAAGGUACUUUAGAACCAUCAUUAUUAUUUAAUUUAGCUAAGAGAAAUAAUAUUGAAUUACCAAGUCAUUUCCCGCCAACUGUUGAAGCUUGUAAUGAUAGAUAUAAUAGAUUUGCAGAUUUACAAGAUUUCUUAGAUCAUUAUUAUAUUGGUAUGAGUGUUUUAAUUAAAGAAGCUGAUUUCUAUGAUUUAGCUAUGGAAUAUUUUGCUAAAGCUCAUGCUGAUGGUUGUUUACAUUCUGAAGUAUUUUUUGAUCCUCAAGGUCAUGUUGAAAGAGGUAUUUCAAUUGAUACUGUUGUUGAAGGUUUUGAUAGAGCUUGUAAAGAAGCUAAUACUAAAUUCGGUACUACUAAUAAAUUAAUUAUGUGUUUAUUAAGACAUUUACCAGCAUCUUCUGGUUUAGAAACCAUUCAAGGUGCUCAUAAGUAUUAUGAAUCUGGUAUUAUUCAUGGUUUAGGUCUUGAUUCUAGUGAAAAACCUUUCCCACCUCAUUUAUUCACUGAAUGUUAUAAAACUCUUAAGGAUAAAUUUCCUCAAGUUGGUUUAACUGCUCACGCUGGUGAAGAAGGUGAUCAUACUUUUGUUACUAAUUCUCUUGACUUAUUGAAUGUUACUAGAAUUGAUCAUGGGGUUAACUCUCAACACAGUGAAGAAUUAUUAGAAAGAUUAUCAGCCAAUAAGACAUUAUUAUCCUUAUGUCCAUUAUCUAAUGUUAAAUUACAAGUUGUUAAGGAUGUAUCUGAAUUACCAAUUGACUUAUUCUUCAACAAGAAUGUUCCAUUUUCAAUUAAUUCAGAUGAUCCAGCAUACUUUGGUGGUUAUAUCUUAGAUAACUAUCUUACUGUCCACACUAGAUUUGGUUUCAAUGGUCAUCAAUGGAAACAAAUUGCUUUAAAUGGUAUUAAUGGUUCCUGGUGUGACGAAGAUAGAAAAACUGAAUUGAGAAGAUUAGUAGAUGAAGUCCACAACAAAUACAAGCACUUAAUCUAAUCAUUCAAUUAGCAUAUUCAACAUAGCAUUAUAGAUAUUUAUAUAGAAAUUUUUUUUAGCAUUUGCCAUUGGCUGUUUUUUUACAUUGGGAGUUCAUUAUUCAACUAUAGG